AUGAAGAACCCAAAUUUUUUUCUAUUCUUUGCGUUGGCUACAAUUUCAGUAAUUAAUGCUAUUCCUCAUGGAUUAAGUAAACGAGCUACUCCAUUUGUUGGAUGUUCUUAUCUACCGCCUUUCUCCGUAUCGUUAUCACCUGAUUCUAUUGUUUCUGACCAAGACGUUACUUUUGGCAUUUCUGGAACCGCACCAAUUGACAUUACCGAAGCUACUGUUGAAGUCAUUAUUUUUAACAACGACGACGUCGAAGGCUAUUACCAGUCAUUCUCUGGCAACCUUUGUGAACUUUUUAAACAAUGUCCUGUCAAAAUAAAUACCAAGUUUGACUUCCAGUUCACAAUUAAACCGGAAAGUUUGCCUCCGAGUUAUUACAUUGACGUUCGGAUACACGAUACCAAAUCCAAUCUG